AUGGUAGAAUCUCAACUGAAGCUUCUUGGAGUUCUUGGAGCCUGGCGUCUUCUUCUUGGAGUUGGAGUCUUGUUUGCCCUUUGGCACUGGCGGCGUGCUUUUGCAUCAGAUGAAGCCUUAGGGCUUCAUCUGAUUUGCUCUAACCCUGAGUUUAAGGCAUUGGUGCUUGAGUUCAUGCCUAAUGGGAGUCUUGAGAAGUUGUUGUAUUCGCACAACUAUUUUCUGGAUCUAAUGCAGAGAUUAGACAUAUUGAUUGAUGUUGCAUGUGCAUUGCAAUAUCUUCACUAUGAGUAUUCAACUCCAGUAAAUCACUGUGAUUUGAAACCGAGUAAUGUCCUGCUGGAUCAAGACAUGGUUGCCCAUCUAAGUGAUUUUGGCCUUACAAAGUUGUUGGGCGAGGAGAACAGCAUUACAUACACUGAAACACUAGCCACACUUGGCUAUCUUGCACCAAAGUAUGGAUUGGAAGGAUUAGUAUCAACAAAAUGCGAUACCUACAGUUUUGGAAUUAUGAUGAUGGAAGUCUUCACAAGAACAAAACCUAAUGGUGAAAUGUUUGGCGAAAACUUGAGCUUCAAGAGUUGGGUGAUUGAUUCAUUACCUGAUGGAUUAGCCCAUGUCAUCGAUGCAAAUUUGCUGAAGGAAAGUGAUGAAAGUGGCCCUGGACUGCACGAUGGAAUCUCCAAGACAGAGAAGCAACAUACAAGAUGUUCUUGUUGCACCGAAAAAGAUCAGGCUUCAGUACAUAAGUGCCCUCCAUUCAAGGACGUCUUAAAGCCUUCAAUCCUUGCUAGAACCAUUGCUGCUCUUAGUGCUAAUGCUUCCACCACUUUUGCUUCUCUGCAUACUUUUGAGGGGCAUGCCCAUGAGCCAAUCAGGCUUGGAGAAAUCUCAACUAGCUGA